CAAUGGCGUCUUCAAUGUAACCACGCUUUAGGACGUUCCACGUGCAUGGAAUUUGGAUUGUCGUUGUGAAAAAUAUAAUAAAUCAAGCUGCAAAUCAAGAGUUAUCACGAUGAUCAUUCCUGUGCGAUGCUUCACCUGCGGAAAAGUCAUUGGAAAUAAAUGGGAAGCAUAUCUGGGACUCCUUCAAGCGGAGUAUACCGAAGGAGAUGCCUUGGACGCACUAGGUCUGAAAAGAUACUGCUGUCGUAGGAUGUUACUUGGACAUGUAGAUUUAAUUGAAAAAUUACUUAAUUAUGCACCGCUAGAGAAAUAAAUUUUAUUUGUUAUGCUGAUAUUAAUUGGAUCUUUUUUGGAGCAUUCACAAGAUACCUGAUGUGUAUACUCCAUAUAAUGUAUAUUGAAAAAACGAUUACAGUUACUCUAUUGUAUAGUCUUAACAUUUUAUAUUUUAAUAAUGCGCUUAUGUAAUAAAUAU